UGGCGCUGUUGCCGGGGUUAAGUAAUGGUGAACUAGAGUGAAUUGCUUUUGUGUUAAUUUAGUCAUUAUCUGUUUAUUUAUUUAUUCUUUAUUCUUUAUUUUAUUAUUUUUGUUGAUUGGUGGUUGUUUGGUUGUCGAUUUCAGGUAGUUUAUGACUAGGAGCUCUAACCUUGAUCCUAUAGAACUCUUAUCUGACCUGGAAUGCUCUCUCAGAUUAUUGAGACGACGUUUAAAGGCAGUUGAGGAGGAGGACGGAGUUACAGUUCAGAUUCAAGGAGCUGACGCGAUGGUGAACCACAACCACCAGGCCGAUGACGAUUAGAGGACGAUGUAUGAGUUUGCUCGACCAUCUUUGGAUGGGACGAAAACUAGUAUAGUCAGACCUUCUAGAGCAGCCAACAAUUUUGAAAUAAAAGCCAAUAUUAUCCAAAUGAUCCAGCAGAGUAUGCGGUUUGGAAGAUUGCCUAGCGAGGAUCCCAAUGCUCAUAUUUCCAACUUUUUAGAGAUUUAUGACACAUUCAAGAUAAAUGGAACAACCGAUGACGCCAUUCGGCUGAGAUUGUUUCCAUUUUCCUUGAGGAACAGAGCCAAUAGAUGGUUGUAAUCUCUUCCACAACAGAUAAUUACUACCUGGAAGGCGUUGGCUGAAAACUUUUUAUAUAAGUAUUUUCCUUCCGCUAAAACGGCUAAACUUAGAAAUGACAUAUCUUCUUUUGUGCAGUUUGAUGAUGAAAGCAUGUACGAUGCAUGAGAGAGGUUUAAGGACCUUUUGAGAUGCUGCCCACAUCACGGAUUGCCAGUGUAGAUGUAGGUUCAAACCUUCUACAGCGGGUUGAACCUUACAACGAGGCAGAUGGUGGAUGCUGCAGCAGGUGGGGCACUAAACAGUAAGAUGCCCGAGCAGGCUCAGAAUUUGAUAGAGGAAAUGGCCAUGAACAAUUAUCAGUGGCAAUCCUCUAUGAGCCGACCAGGAAGACAAGAAGUGGUCGACCAAGUAGAUUCCACAGCAGCCUUGGCAGCUCAGGUGGAGCUUCUGACCAAGAAGAUUAAACAACUCCAGAUGCCAGUUCAUGCAGCGAAUGUUGGCUGCGAGUUUUGUAGUGCCCCACACUACAGUGCGAACUGUACUGUGGGAGGUAGCAGAACGACCCUUACAACAACACAUACAACCCUGGGUGGCGCAAUCAUCCCAACUUCAGUUGGAGGAACAAUAAUGCUUAAGGUCCACCUGGUUUUCAGAGACUUCAUCGCGACCGCGAUGUGA